ACGCUUUAGUUUGGCUGCAACGCUUUGCUGAGAACAGACCAAAUCGAAGCGAGCGGAACUGAAGAGAAUCCGAGCAAACCAAACAAUCCGUAGAAAUCGCGUCGUGAGGUGCGUGGAAAAGCGGUUAAAUAACGCGGCGAUCUUAACUGUUGUUCUUUUUUUUUCGGUGCUGGUGUGUUCCUCUUGUAUUUGCACAUUCUACUUUUUUUUUUAUUCUAUAAAGUGCCACUGGUGUGUCUCGCUGGUCGCUUGUUUUCUUUUUGUCGUGGGAAAUGCGCGCGCGCAUUUAAGAAGUGGCAGGAAAACUCCAAACGCAGCUGCCAUCUAUGCAUCUUGGACCUACAACAACAACAACAAUAACAACAACAAGAGAUACAGAACGAGGAGCCAAAAAAGUAAAAGAAGAAGAAGCAGCAGCAGUCAACUUGCAACACAAUCGUUGUUGCUUUUUGGCCCCUGAUCUUGGCGGCCCCAAUCCCUUUGGCAGGCGUCGGAAGGAGCCGCUCGGCAUCGGCAGCUGCGGCGGCGCCGCAUGGACCAUGCCGUGAAGGCGACGCGCGGCCGCCCGCUGAACACGCUGCGCUUCGAGAACGAUGAGCUGGAAUGCCUCUACCAGCGGUACACGCUCAAGCUGCAGCGCUUCUCGGUGCUGGGCGUGGUGGCCCUGGUCUUCGUCCUCUGCGGCGUGAUGGCGGCCCUUUCGCUGAUCUUCAACAACACGGCCACCUUUCACAACAUCUUCAAUGCGAUCGUUUGCGGACUGUUCGCCGUAGUGCUGGUGCUGCUGCAGUGCUCCGUGAUCAAGGACCACCACCUGCCCACAUUGUGCUACGGAAUCCUGCUAUUCACGGCCAGCAUCUGUGUGGUGUCGAUGCCCACGCUGGGCAGCGUGUUCCCGGUGGACACCAAGGAGGUGAUGGCCGAGGGCGUCUGGCAGAUCGUGUUCGUGGUCUUUCUCGCCUACGCUAUGAUGCCGCUGCAGAUCUGGGAGGCGGUGGCCUUUGGCAUCGCCCUGCCCUCGGUGCACAUCAGCCUGACGGUCUAUAAGAUAUUCACGGAUGCGCUGCGCUACCUGGAGUAUAACCAACUGAUUGCGAACAUUGUCAUCUUUAUUGGUGUGAAUGUGGCCGGUCUGGUGGUGAAUAUCAUGAUGGAGCGCGCGCAGCGUCGCACCUUUCUUGAUACUCGCAACUGCAUCGCAUCCCGUCUGGAGAUCCAGGAUGAGAACGAGAAACUGGAGCGUCUGUUGCUAUCGGUGCUGCCGCAGCACGUGGCCAUGCAGAUGAAGAAUGACAUCCUGUCACCGGUGGCUGGGCAAUUCCAUCGCAUCUACAUCCAGAAGCACGAGAAUGUGAGCAUUCUCUUCGCGGACAUCGUCGGAUUCACGGUGCUCUCCUCGCAGUGCAGUGCCCAGGAGCUGGUCCGCCUGCUCAACGAGCUCUUUGGCCGCUUCGAUCAGCUGGCACACGACAACCACUGUUUGCGUAUCAAGAUACUAGGCGACUGCUACUAUUGUGUCUCCGGAUUGCCAGAACCUCGCAAGGAUCACGCCAAAUGCGCCGUGGAAAUGGGACUCGAUAUGAUCGAUGCCAUUGCCACCGUGGUGGAGGCCACCGACGUCAUUCUGAACAUGCGCGUGGGCAUCCACACGGGCCGGGUGCUCUGCGGGGUCUUGGGCCUCCGCAAGUGGCAGUUCGACGUGUGGUCGAACGAUGUGACCCUGGCCAACCACAUGGAGUCCGGCGGGGAACCGGGUCGGGUGCACGUGACCCGCGCCACCCUGGACUCCUUGUCCGGCGAAUACGAGGUGGAGGCUGGCCACGGCGACGAACGCUCCUCGUAUCUGCGCGACCAUGGUGUGGACACCUUCUUUAUCGUUCCGCCGCCACAUCGACGCAAGCCACUGAUGCUCAACACGCUGGGCGUUCGCUCGGCAAUCGGCAGUCGACGGAAGUUGUCGUUCAGAAACGUGUCCAAUGUGGUCAUGCAGCUGCUGCACACGAUCAAGUUCUCGGAACCGGUGCCGUUCUCCAACAUAGCCACCGGAUCGUUCCCCUCGGCGGCCAGCGCCUUGGGUGGCGGAGUUGCAGUCGGCGGAGGUGGAGGCGGAGGAGGAGGCGUGGCACGUGGUAGCACCUGCGAGGCGAACUCUGGAAACGUUCAGGUGUCGGAGAAAGGAUCGCGAAAGGUGAUACGUCUGCAAAAGAUCUUGCAUGCAACACCGCCACCGCACGGCAUGGGCUAUGGCAGCGUCGUCGGCAGCGGCGGCGGUGUGGACAGCGGUAUUUCCGGUGGUGGUGGCUGUGUUUCCGGUGGUAUUGCCGGUGGGGGCGGUGUUCAAGUGACCGUAGGCACAAAUCCCAACUCUACAGCGAGUACGAUUAGUCGCAUUCAUAGGCACAAUCACAAGAACAAUAAAUCCCAGUCGAAGGUGGCGGACAAAUUCAAGAGGCCAUUCCGGAAGCGGCACUCGGUGGUCGCCCAUCAUCAGCCAACGAAUCGGGUGAAUCGAUUCCUUUCCCAGGCGAUCAACGCUCGGUCGGUGGACUGCGACAAAUCGGAGCACGUGGAUCGGUUGACCCUGCGAUUCCGGCAGAGCGACAUGGAACGCGAGUAUCACAAGGACUUCGAUCUGGGCUUCACAACGGCCAUGGGCUGCUCCCUGCUGCUACUCAUCCUCGGUGCAGCGCUCCAGGUGACUGCUCUGCCGCGCACUCUCAUCCUGCUGCUGCUCUUUCUCUUUGCCUUCAUUUGGGUGAGCGCCAUUCUGAUGCUCCUGCUCGCCGUGCGGCUCAAAUGGAUCAUCUGGGACAUCUCGGAGAGCUUCUCGCUGCGCAUGGCCAUUACGAUUUUCACGGUCAUACUCAUCUACUCCGUGGGACAAGUGAAUGUGUUUACGUGUGUUUCGGAUCAUCCAUGCUCGGGCAAUGGGACGACCUCCUUCCAGAACGACUCCCAUCGCAAGUGCUCGCUGCCCCAGUACGUGUCCCUAUCGGCUGCCUUUGCCUUUCUAUCUGUAUCGGUGUUCCUGAGGCUGCCCAUCAUAUUCAAAUCGCUCCUAGUGCUGGGCAUGGGCACCAUCUAUGGCCUGUUCAUAGAGCUAUCGCAUCAGAAUAUCUUUGAGUGCUACGACAACCGGGUCAACGCCUCGAUUCCACUUCACUUGAUCUCGCUGGCCCGCAUUGCCAUCUUCAUGAUUGCCAUUCUGGUGCAUGGACGCCUGGUGGAGGGCACUGCCCGGUUGGACUUCCUCUGGCAGCUGCAGGCGUCGCAGGAGAAGAAGGAGAUGGACGUGCUACAGGAGUCCAACAAGCGCAUUCUGCACAAUUUGCUGCCCGCUCAUGUGGCUGCACAUUUUCUCGAUGCGCAAUUUCGCAACAACAUGGAGCUCUACCACCAGAGCUAUGCCAAAGUGGGCGUCAUCUUUGCAAGCGUUCCGAACUUCAACGAGUUUUACACGGAAAUGGAUGGCUCCGAUCAGGGUCUUGAGUGCCUCCGCCUGCUCAACGAGAUUAUUGCGGACUUUGAUGAGCUGCUCAAGGAGGAUCGCUUCCGCGGCAUCGACAAGAUCAAGACCGUUGGUAGCACUUAUAUGGCCGUCGUGGGACUCAUACCCGAGUACAAAAUCCAGCCCAACGAUCCGAACUCAGUGCGGCGCCACAUGACAGCGCUCAUUGAGUAUGUCAAGGCCAUGAGGCACUCACUCCAAGAGAUAAACAGCCACUCGUAUAAUAACUUCAUGCUGCGCGUGGGCAUCAACAUUGGACCCGUAGUGGCGGGCGUAAUUGGAGCUCGAAAGCCACAGUAUGACAUUUGGGGCAAUACGGUGAACGUGGCCAGUCGCAUGGACUCCACCGGAGUUCCCGGCUACUCGCAAGUAACUCAAGAGGUGGUCGACAGCCUGGUGGGCUCGCACUUUGAGUUCCGCUGUCGCGGCACCAUUAAGGUGAAGGGCAAAGGCGACAUGGUCACAUAUUUCUUGUGUGACAGCGGCAACAAAUCGCUGAACGGAGAGGUGCGCAACGCCAUGUCCCUGCCACAGAGUCUUCAUGCGCCGGAUUACUAUAUGAAGGUGUCGCAGUUUCCGGAGAAUCGCGUCAAUACCGACACCUACAGCAAAAAGGAGAAUGGACAUCUGUACGCAGGCAACGGCGGCGAGGAGCAGCAGUUGCUGCUGCAGCAUCAGCACAAACAGCUCGAUCCGCUACCGCUUCCUGCUCCUCCGCCUCCGGUUCACCAUCAUUUGCAUCAGCAGCAACAGCAGCGUUUGAACAGCAAGCUGCAAAAGCAACCGAUCUUCAUGGCCAACGGUGGUCUGCCCAAUAUCCGGGAGAACGGCAAUGGGCACAAUGGAGAGCAUCAGCAGCAGCAGCACGGUGGAUUUAUGGUGGCAACGACGACACCGCCGGCUGCAGUGGCUGUUCCCCUCCAGCCCCAGCACCACCAACUCCAGUUCCAGCACCCGCACCAGCAUCCACUCCCGUCAGCAGUGGCGGUUCCAGUGCAGCACCAGAUCCUACUCCACCACCAGCUCCAGCUCCAGCACCAGCCCGUUCCUUCGGUAAUGUUGCGCGAGUUUAAUAUUAUUGAGAACCCAACUUCCGGUGGCCGGCAUCAGCAGAUGGAGCAGCUGCCGCCGCAUCACGGCAGCCUCGACCUAUCGGGAAUGGGAAUGGGUGUGGGGGCUGGCGUGCUCGGCGGCGACUGCUUCAUGAUGCCACGGCGAGAUCGCGAACGCACGUAUGUGCCGCCCUUAAACCAGCAUGGUCAUCAUCCACCGCAUCACCUCCAUUCGAAUCUGAAUCUGAAUCAGAGCCAGCACCCGCCAUCGUUCACCAGCCUGGGCUAUGGCCAAUGCCGGGAGAGCGAGCCGCUAUUGCAUGCCAGCAGCGUCGCGCCGGUAGCCAAGAUCAUGCCCAUGCAGCAUGCGCCAAAGUACGAGCCACCACGUUACACUUCUCCCCACACCAUGUUGUCGCAGCAGCACCAGCAGCAGCCGCAAUCGCAGUCUGCCCAGGAUCAGCAGCCACAUCCCGCGCAGGACCCACAUCCUUUGCAGCGGCAGUACGCCAUGUAUUCGCAGCAGCCGCAGCUGCCGCUGAAGCCAGUGCUGAGGACGUACAUGAAGCCGCUGCCGAAGCUGCCGACGGAUCUGGAGGAGAGCCGGGACAUGUCCUCGACGGACGAUCUGAGCUCACGACCACACUCGCCCUCGAUGAGCAGCUCGGAUGAGAGCUACUCGAAGACCACAGAGGGCGAAGGUGAAGGCGAUGAGGACUCGCCGCGCAUGGUCAACGGUGGCCACCUGCACCAUCGCAAUGGCUACCACGUGCCCGCCGGCGGUCUGGUCAACCCAUUGCAAUGGCUCUACCCCUGCGACAUUCAGGUGGAUCCCACCUCCCCGGUCGUCGACAUGGCCCACCUGCAUGACUUUGAGCUAAGCUCCACCACCGAGAGCCAGGGCCAUCACACUAACAGCAACACGACGAGAAACACACAACACAAGGGCGACAGCUGCAACAGCUUCGACUUUCAGAAUGCAGCAGUUGGAACGGCAGCGGGUGCGGCCAUCGCCACCAAGUCGCCUUUCGAGCGUGAACUGCAACGUCUGCUUAACGAAUCCUCGCGAGCUCGUUGCCUGGCGACCGCGACAACGACGGCUGGAGCCAUCUCUACCACAGAUCAGACGGCCAGCAAUGGGAGCCGGGAGAUGAGCUACUCCCUCAGCAAUGGGAAGCUUAGCUCGGCGAAUGGACAUGGCGUUGGAGGAUCCGGAUCGGGAUCAGGUUCAGGUUCGGCGGUGGGCAAUGGCAGCGGUGGCAGCGGCAGCAGCAAUGGCAAUCUCAGCGGCAGCGGCAGCAACUCGAACAGUGGCAACAACAACAGCAGUCACCACAAGACGGAGCAGCAGCAGAACAUGGAUCACGAGCACCUAGCCGGCGGCAAAUUGCUGGGCAGUAAUAGCUUCAUGAUCGCCAAACAUCCGGUGGGCUUGGAAGCCAUCAAGGAGAUAACGCGCAACAAGAAUCCCUCGGAGUCCAGCCAAAUGCAAACCUCGGACACGGAGUCCUGCGAGAUUCUGCACGAGAACCGCAACCAGAUGCAUGUGCUAGCCAUGCUGGAGAUGCAUACGGCCAAGGAGCUGAAUGGCAGCCAUGCGCAUCACGGGCAGCAUCACCAGCAGCCACAGAGGACGCAUCGCCAGCGACCGCGCUCAAAGGAGCUGCAGUACAGCCACGAGAGCUUGGACGGACUGGAUGGAGCGGUGCAGUCGCAGUCGCAACAGCGACACCAACGAUAUCACCACCACCACCAUCACCACCAACAGAGGCAGCAGCAACAGCAGCGCUACAACCAUGUGCAGGAGCAGGAGGAGCGUGACGACACCGAGGACAACCUGGCCGAUGAGGAGUUUGAGGACGACGAAGUGGGACGUGAUGUGCGACAGAAGCGCCUACAAAAGUCCGAGCUCAAUCACAAACGAUCGGAGGUUGCAACAGAGGCAGGCAAUCACCACGACGACGACGUGGAGGAGGACGACGAUGACGACGAAGAUGAGGACCACCGGAAUGGCGGGCGGGAGGCGGCACCGCUGACUAACGGCAGCAUGCGCGGCCUGGAGGCCAAUGUGAUAAACGACGAGCUAAAGUACGGAGCAACCCAUUUCAAUCACCAGUCCAUGGACUCCAAUCCGUUGGAGAGCCAAUCGGAGUGGUCGGAUGAUGAUUGUCGUGAGGAAGCAACAGGGGGAGCCGAGUCCACGGGCUACAUCACGGAUGAGCCCGGGCUGGAGAACAUCUCGUUGCUGAACGAAGCUGGUCUUACCGAUGCCGAGGGCGCUCUCUCGGACGUUAACUCGCUGUAUAACGCGCCGGACGUGGACGACACUUCGGUGUCCAGCCGGGCCAGCUCUCGCCUGCUCAGCCUGGACUCGCUGAGCGGCCUCUACGACUGCGAUCUGGACUCCAAGCACGAGCUGGCCAUUGUCAAUGCCUCGCACAAGAUCUCCAGUAAAUUUGGGCAGCCUCCAUCUCCGGCACAGCGGCAGCAUCAACAACAGCAGCAACACCAGCAGCAACAGCUGCAGCAGCAUUCGCAGCACACUCAAUCCCAAAUUCAAGCCCAAUCGCAUUUGGCUCCGGUUCAGUUUCAGUCCGCCGAGGAGUUGAGAGAGUAAAGAUUGAAAGUUCGUGUGAAGCAGGUGGAGCGUUAAACACUCAAACGUUGUUAUUGCUAUAUGCAAAUGGUGUCUAAUAAUAUACAAUAAACCAACCUAAACUAAAGUAAACUAAAUAUAGAAUAGGUAACAGAUAUGCAUAUAUCGAAAUAUAUAUAUAUAUUUAUGUAUGUAUAGAAGCAGAGGCACUUAAAGCUGCUCUAAGGCACCCCUAGAUGUAAGCCCGUUUACUUUACUGUGGCUAGAUCAUGCCUAGCAGGUAUUAACUCAUAUAUAGUAUAUAUUUAGUAUAUGCAAGAAGAUCUAUAUGUAUUGAAAGUAAACACGUAGUCAUUGGUUACCCCGUCUCCAAUUCGCCCAGUUAAGCGUUCCAGUUACUAUACCGCGUGAAAAGCAAAAUGAACUUGAUAUUUAGCCGCAACUUGAGAUAUCCAAUGCUAAUCCAUGAAUCCAUGUUUAGUGCGCUUAGUCCUCCUAAGGACUUAGAUAGCGGAGGAUCGCAGUUAGGCGACCCCUGACCACUCCCAUAUGUUAUUAGUGUAUGAAUAUAUUUAAAUAUAUAUGUAUAUGUACCAUAAGCAAAGAUUUGGCCAUUUAUACGAAGCCACAACCAAUGCAUGACAUGUUGUAAAUAAAACAAAAAGUUAUAAAUACUUUUUCGAUAUUACUGUAAUUGCCCAUAGACUGCUCCACCACCAUUUAUUCGAAUUUUAAAUUGAAAUCGAAAUCUUAAUCAUUUGAGAUCUACCUACCAAUUCGUAUAUUAAUAUUAAUAUAACCCGGGGAAGAUACAAGAUACGUAAAUCCCCCAGUUUUCCUUUCCGGUUCCACUUUUCGAGCUCCAACGCGUUCGUUGCCACGCCAAGCGUCUUUGAUCUUAAAUGUAUGUAUUUGUUUGUGGCCUACUCUUGGGCUCAACGGCAAAACACAGAAACUGGUUUAAACAUAGCUUUUGUAUUCCAAAUAUAUAUGAUGUUGCGAAAUUUUAGCUUAAGUUCCCGAGUGCUCGAUGGAGUCACUUAAAGUGGACUCCACCAUGUUGCCUGCUGCACAAUUGUCAAAUUUCAUUUGCUAUGCUACACUUCAGUGUAUUCGUUUGUAAGAUCUGUAUAUAGAAUAUUCGAAAUGAUGGAAGAGAAUUUACAAUUAUUAGACAUAUAAGAUGCAGAGACAAAAGAAAUAUUCUUGAUAUUGUUGUCCCGACCCCAAUAACCGAAACCAAAAACCAAACAAACAACCAACACCAAGCAAAUGAAUAAAAACUGAAACAAAUCUCGUACAACUGUGCAAAUGAUAAAUAAGGUAAAUGAUAAAUGUAAACAAACAAAUCCAUAUUUUGUGUGUGCAAUUUAUUAAGUCGCCCUAGGAGCGCCAAAUAUUAUUAACAAAACUACACGAAAGCAUGAACUUAAACGAUAUAUAAUGAAAGCAACAACCACAGCUACUGCAAGAACUGCAAACAGCCCACAGAUAAACUUCUUAUGCAAAUAUAUAAACACAAAUAGCGCAGAUCUGUAUACAUCAAAUACAUAUGUACAUAUAAAUGAAGCUGAGAACCAGCUGGAAUAAAUAUAUCUAUAUAUACACACAUUCAUAAAAUUGUACACUGAAGCAGAGACAGGAAGUUGGACUCGUGCAAGUAUAGAUUUAUUUUUCUGUACUAAAAGAACGUAAAUGGUAAAGAAUUUAAUAUUAUAUAUGCAAUGACAGUCCUCUGUCUAUAUCUACACGAAAUAAUGGCGGGAAAACAAUGCCUUAUAAGCAGGAAUGAAUUCCGAAUCCAAAGGCCAAUUGUCGACUCAUUUUGAUUCAUAAAUGCAAUUAUCAAUUUGGCAAAAGUUAAAUCAUCAGGACUGUUCCAGAUUCCGAGCGCAAGUAAAUCGAAACUUGUAUGUACUUAGUAAAAAACAUUAUUUGUUAGCAAUAAAAUCAUCAACCUCUUUAAAAUCCCUAUUUUUUAAACUGUUAAAACAUGUGUACUUUUAAUUUUCUUAUCUAAAUUUGUAGCUUUUCUUAAGUUAAGUAUUAUUCUUUCAAAAGUACGAAUUGUAAUCGGUUAAAAGUAAUUAUUUUGAAAACAUGUUUGGGCAAAUGGAACAGGCCUGUUUGAAUAAGAAAAAACCCUACUAGAAAUACAUAAAAUGUCAGCAUAUCAAAUAUGUCAGAAAAUUAUAUAUAUAUAUAUAUAUAUACAAAAAUAUAAACUGGUGUAUUUUUUGAUGA